AUGGAUGCCGCCAUUGAUCUAUCAGAUGCUUCUAAAGCUCUUGAUCUCUCAAAUAUUCGUUUCCAACUCAUCCGCCUCGAAGACACCAUAACCUUCCACCUAAUCGAACGGGUCCAAUUCCCCCUCAACCCCACCAUCUACCUCCCCUCCGCCCUCCCCCUUCCCAACACCCACCUCUCCUUCCUCGACUGGCUCCUCCGAUCACGAGAAUCCCUCGAUUCCCUCAUCCGCCGCUUCCAAUCCCCCGACGAAUACCCCUUCUUCCCCGACGCCCUGCAAACCCCCCUCCUACAACCCCUCCACUACCCCGCCAUUCUCCACCCCAACAACGUCAACGUCAACGCCGAGAUCAAAAAUCACUACAUCCAAACCUUCCUCCCCAAAGCCUGCCUCCAAACCGGGCGUUCCGACCGCGGGGAGAAAGAAGAAAAUUACGGUUCUGCGGCUACCUGUGAUAUUAAUUGUUUACAAGCGUUAUCUCGCCGUAUCCAUUUUGGAAAAUUUGUCGCAGAGUCGAAGUUUCGGGCUGAAGAGGAGGCGUUUACAAAAAUGAUACGGGAAGGGGAUCGAGAGGGAUUGGGGCGCGCGAUUACGAACGAGAAGGUUGAGUUGCAGGUGUUGGAACGGUUGAGGUUGAAGGCGAGAACUUAUGGGACGGAUCCGAGUUUGAAUAAUGGAAAUGGGAACGGGGAACAGCCGCAGGGGAAGAUUAACGUGGAGGCGGUCGAGGGACUGUACAGAGAUUUUGUGAUUCCAUUGACAAAGGUGGUGGAGGUGGAGUAUUUGAUGCAGAGGUUGGAGAAGGAGUGA